CAUUGUUAUGCCUCUACUAUUGCUACAACUCUAUUCUUACACUCCACCACCGGAUGCAAUCACCCAAAGCACUUCACUACAGCCCGUUUAUUGCCGUGCACACAAACCUUCUAAACCUUCUAAACCUUCUAAACCUUCUGAACCUUCUGAACCUUCUGAACCCUCUCAUUCCUCCACCUUGGUAGCCAGACAACUAUCCGUAGUGUUCCCGAGGUUUUUCCUAGAUACGAAAACCGGUUUUCCCAACAAUCGACUUAAGCUAUGAUAUAAUACCCUCCGGCACCAAGUACGCCUCAUUCUCGAUGUGCACCCCAUAACAUCAUCCAUUUAAGACAGGACUCCCAUAUCAAUAACAACAACAAAGAU